GCUGGAGGACGGGCAUAUUCAUAUGGAGAGAGCCAAUGGUUCCAUGUUGACAGAAUUUGUCUUGGUGGGGCUUUCUGACCACCCAAAGCUCCAGAAAGUUUUAUUUGUGCUGGUUUUGUGCAUGUAUCUGCUGAUCCUGCUUGGGAAUGGAGUCCUCAUCUCAGUAGUCGUCUAUGACGUGCACCUGCACACCCCCAUGUACUUCUUCCUCUGCAACCUUUCCUUCCUGGACAUCUGCUACACAAGCUCUUCUGUCCCACUCAUUCUCGGGAGCUUCCUGAAAGGAAGGAAGAGAGUUUCCUUCCCUGAGUGCAUGGUCCAAAUGUUCUUCUCCUUUGCCAUGGGUGCCACAGAAUGUGUGCUCCUAGGCACGAUGGCACUUGACCGCUUUCUGGCCAUCUGCUACCCACUGAGAUACCCUGUCAUCAUGAGCAAGGGUACCUAUGUGCCCAUGGCGGUUGGAUGCUGGGUUGCUGGGAAUGUUGACUCGUUGGUGCAGACAUCUCUGGCAGUGCAUUUACCAUUCUGUACUGAUAACAUCAUUCAACACUUUGUCUGUGAAUUUGUGGCCAUUGUGAAACUGGCUUGUGGAGAUAUUUCAGUCAAUGUGAUUAGCAUGGCAGGGUCAAAUCUGCUUUUCCUAGCUCUUCCAUUGAUAGUCAUUGCCAUCUCUUACGUUUUCAUCAUUGCCACCAUCCUGAGGAUCCCUUCCUCUGAAGGAAAACAGAAGGCCUUCUCCACGUGCUCUGCCCAUCUGACAGUGGUGAUUAUAUUCUAUGGUACCAUCUUCUUCAUGUAUGCAAAGCCCAAGUCUAAAGCCACUGCUGGGGCAGGACGUCAAAGUGUGACUGAGGCGCUCAUCUCCCUUUUCUAUGGGGUGGUGACCCCCAUGCUCAAUCCUCUCAUCUACAGUCUGAGGAACAAGGACGUGAAGGCUGCUGUCCAGAGCAUGCUGGGAGGAAAUCGUCUGAUGAAACAUAAAUGAUUAUUUAUUUAGACCAUGGACUCACUAUUGGAAGUUGUUAUAAACACAAAAUUCAUAAAGAUCAAAAUGCCACGUGAAAAUUCAAAGACAUUAAAAUAUUUUGGUUUUUUGGUUACAGUUACGUUUUUGUUAUAAAUGCAGAAAUGAGACAUAUUUGUUAAAUACGCUCUUACAGAGAAAUGCAAGAAUGCUGAAAAUACUUUGGUAAUAGUUAGCAAGGAAAAAUAAACUCGUUAAAUUUAGAAAAUGGUUUAUAAACACAUUCAUUAAAUCUUUAAAGUAGUUUAUAGUCCAUUGUAGGUGUUUGUGAGUAGGCACAGUGAAUAUUAACCCAUACAUGAUAUAAGACAUUCGCUUUAUUUGCUUACUUCUUUAUUAUUUUUAUUCAACAUACCUGUAAAUUCUUUGAUUAUAGAACUUUUCUAUUCUUUAACCUACAAUAACCCAACUCAUAACAGGGUCUGGAAUAUAAUAAAUGCAAAAUAUUGAUAAGAUUAAGUAUUUUACAGGUAUUGUAUGUGUUAGGAUUUUUUUCACACAUGCAUUUAUUUUGUGGCUAAGGCAUUACCUUUUGCUUUCUUUGUUAUGUUCAUUGCCACUGGGGGAGGGAGAGCACAGUUUUUGCUUUCCAGCAAGGAUAGUUUUUCUGAGACUUUAUUGAUAAUAAGAAUAUAGAGAUGACUAAUAAUACAUCCUGUGUUGUGAUUUUUUAAACGUUAGCUGACACUGUAGCAUAACACACCUCUUGAAU